CUCCUGAAUACCUACACUUCCCUCUUACUGUAUCUUGCUGUAUCUUGCUGUGUCUUGCUGCCGUGCAUGAUACCCAACAAAGUGGCCGCGUUGUACGAACGUCAUGAGAACCAACCUUUCGCGGAGCCAUCUUUGUCUUUACGGAGGUGUUGCAGUAGCAAGCAUACUCCUCCUCUCCUUACUCUUCUACCCCGUCUCUCUUGCCCUUGACGAUAUUCCCUCUGCAUUGCACAAUCGAAAGCAACAAAUCCUACAGAAGCCUGAAUCAGACUGCCAGCGGCGACGAAACAUCAUUCGGGCAACCUGGCAAAAGCUCUUCCCUCUCCGUGGUGUCACCACGAGAUUCGUCAUUUCCGACCCGGGCGAGCUCUGGAUGCCACUCAUCCAGCAUGAAAACGCUACCUACGGAGAUAUGAUCAUGUUACCCGCUCUGGAAGAAACACGUCAUAUCGCAAACACGAUCAAGCCGAUCGAGUUUAUGAAAUACCUGGUGAACAACGGGUCAACGACAUGGAAGUUUGCCUCGAAGGCGGACGACGACUCAUUCGUCAAUCUGGGCAAAGUGGCGAUCGCACGGGUAUAUACACACCCGGAUCCUGUCUACAAUUACCCGCAAGGUGGCUUCUACUCUUUCUCUUGGGAACUGGUCUGCACCCUGGUUGAGCUGUACGAGGAGAAUCCCAUCCAGGACGAGCAUGAAGACGUCCUCAAUGGAAGACUGUUAUACGAGGCCCAUGAGGACUUUGAAUUCACCAUCCUGCACCACCCGCUGGCUUUUGAUUAUGAUGAAAAAAACGAGGACGUAUCGGCAUGGGCACAUCGGGUCAUCAGUGACGCAAUAUAUGUGCAUAACCUUAAGGAAGAUGAAACUUACCUAAAGGUCGCUUCGAUGUUUGAUGCGAAUGGUACCAAGGCUGAGAUCCCAGCUUGACGCUGUGCAGCACAUAUCAAGAC